AUGGCUUCCGAAUGCAACAAGUCUUUCUGUAGUGAUUAUAUGCUGCUAAAGCCAGAGGAAGCUGGCUUGGUUGAUGUCUUUCGCAUCUUAUUUUCCGAUGACAUCGGGAAGAGAAAAUUUAUCGACUGCCCAGAGGGGAAACAGUCGGCGCCAUUCAAGCGUAGAUGGCUGAUCUUUGUUGCUAUCUUGGUGCUGAAGCUUUUGCUAGCAGUGGAGAAACCCAUGGCGUGGUUUGGUUCUUCUGUCGAGCAAUGGUUAAAUCUUUUCUCGAGCAAUGGCAGUUUAUCGAGUCUCGUGCUCAACUUCUUACGUGGAAAAGUAAUAUAUACGGAAAAAACUGCGGCGAAUUUCAUGUCAAUUAUCGGACAUGUCGAUAAUCGUCAAGAGUUAGACGACAAGAUAAAACUAGGAGAUAAAAGAUACUAUGCUGCACUUUCUAUGAUGGCUGCUAAAGUAUCGUACGAGAACAAGGCUUACGUUGAAUCUACAGUUAUGCACUACUGGAAGGUACGAUAUUACAGGCCUCGGAAAGGUGCACGGCGGAUUUAUGAAAGCUCUAGGUCUCCAGAAGAACGAGGGCUGGCCUCGAGAACAGGCGGCAGAUAA